CUUUGAGGCCUAAUUAACUCAAUCACGGGAGAAUGGGCAUGACUUUUCUCAAUCCUGAACAACCUUGCACUUACCCAUUUUUUAGUAAAUUAAACACAAGGGCCUCACAGAACUAUUUGAGCACCACUUCUCCUCGCUGCUAAAUUUGCAGCGGAUCCUCAGCACUACAGUCUCAAAACUGUCCAUGGAGAUUUCAGUGCAUCCCCAAACCUUCUCACUUCUGUUCUUUCUCAUCUUCUCUACAUUAGCCUCUUCUAAGGCAUGCCACCCAGUUGAUAAAGAAGCAUUACUUGAUUUCAAACACAAAAUCACAGAUGACCCAUCAAAACUGUUGCAUUCUUGGAGAGUUUCCUCUGAUUGCUGCACUUCUUGGGAAGGUGUUGCUUGUGAUGCCUCAGGCAGAGUUGUCAAUGUAUCUCGUCCUGGUCUUGAGUCAGACAAUGACUUCAUUGAGGACACAUACAUGUCAGGAACUUUAUCUCCUUAUUUGGGAAACUUGUCCAGUCUUCAAGUUUUAGACCUGAGUAAUCUCAAGGACUUGAAGGGACUAAUACCAGAAGAACUUGGCAAGUUGUCAAAGCUCACACAUCUCUUUCUUGAUACAAACAAGCUCACUGGAUCAAUACCAUUUACAUUAAGGUACUUAUCUCAGCUGGAAAAGAUGUAUCUUAGUGACAAUUUUAUAUCUGGUAUUGUUCCUCCAUCUGUUAUGAAAUCCUGGACACAUGUCUCUGAACUUGGUUUAUCAGGAAACGCUUUGUCGGGGCCAAUUCCUCCAACAAUUGGCAAGGUGGUUAUGAUAACUAAGCUUGAUUUACAUGGUAACAACUUUACUGGUAGAAUUCCUACAGGCUUUGGCAAUCUUAAGAAUCUCAGAUAUCUUGAUCUAUCUGAAAAUCAGAUAACUGGAAGCAUCCCACAGUCCAUUGGUGGACUUGCUGCAUUGGAACUACUAUAUCUCAAUCAAAAUCAGCUCACAGGAAGGAUACCAUCUUCGAUAUCUGGACUUAGUUCUAUGAUAUUCUGUCGUAUAUCAGAAAACAAGUUAUCUGGCAGUUUACCACCAUCAAUUGGCCAGCUCUCAAAGAUUCAAAGGCUAAUCCUUGAGAAUAACAAGCUCACUGGAAAACUACCAGCAACCAUUGGUCAUCUAACAGCUCUUACUGAUAUAUUUUUCUCUAACAACUAUUUUACAGGAAAGAUCCCUUCAAGUUUUGGAAAUUUACUCAACCUUCAAACACUUGAUUUAUCAAGAAACCGACUCUCCGGCCAGCUUCCUCCUCAGCUAGCUAAGUUGAAGAGCUUACAGACUUUAGAUCUUUCGUAUAAUCCGUUAGGACUGGUUAGAAUACCAAACUGGUUCCAGGAAUUAAGAGUCUUCCGGCUUAUGUUGGCAAAUACUGGGAUUGAAGGGGAACUUCCUCACUGGCUAUCUUCAUCAUCAAUAUCACAACUUGACUUGUCAGGAAACGCAUUAACAGGAAAGCUGCCUUGGUGGAUUGGUAACAUGACUAGCCUUUCAUUUCUCAACUUAUCAAAUAAUGGAUUUCACUCAUCCAUCCCAGUUGAAUUCAAGAACCUUUCACUUCUGAUGGAUCUUGAUCUUCACUCCAACAAGUUCAGUGGCCACUUAAAUGUAAUAUUCUCCAAAGAAGUCCAAGACCCACUAGGCCAUUUUAACUCCAUUGAUCUUUCCUACAAUAUGUUCACUGGUCCAAUUGAUGAUGACAUAGGAGAGAGACCAGCAAUGUCUUCUAUUAGUUCAUUGGUUCUAUCACACAACACACUGGGAGGAUCACUACCAAAGUCAAUUGGGAAAAUGAGAGAAUUGCAGGUUUUGAAGCUAGUGAAUACUGGGCUGUCUGGGAUGAUACCCGAGGAGCUUGGCGAUGCCAAAGAGUUGUCCACAAUUUUACUUUCAAGAAAUAAGCUGACUGGUGCUAUUCCAGAGAUUGUUCUAAAUCUGAAGGAUCUAAAGCAAUUUGAUGUGUCUAGUAACAGACUAAGAGGCAGGAUUCCUCCUCACAAAGCCAUAAUUCCUGCGUCUGCAUUCAAGAACAAUCCUGGUUUGUGUGGAACUCCACUUCCACCUUGCAAACACUUUUAAUAUCUUUUGAAAGAUCUUUUUUCCCCUUCUUUUCCUUUUCAACUUUCUUUUAAUGUUCAAAGUUUUGUUAUGUUUCAUACUAAUUCUUCUGAUUGAAAAAGUUUGUAUUUAUUCA